UCCCUGAUAUUGCAAAUGAUUCUAAAUGGAUGAAAAGCUGUGGUAGUAAAUUCAGAGAAAUUUGAGUUGCAAUUUACAAGAAAGACCAUAUAGAAAUUUACACAACAUUGAUAGCAACCUACAAAUAAAACAAUCACAAGGACAAAAUUACAAUUCCUCCAUUGCAAAACAGGUUGAGAGAUGAUGGCAUGGGGAGGAGGAGAGAAUCUAAAACACCCAGCCACCAUCUAAAACCGCGCGUUCCUUGAUUCCCAGUGAAAAUCCCGAAAACAGCCCUAGAAUGUUCCUGUUCCAGAAGGCUUCCGCUUCUCAUGUCCAGCUUCUGAUUGGGUCAAAGAAGUACUUUCAGUUCCAUCUUCCCCGUGACGCAGUUCACAUUGCCGAGGCCUCAGACGCAACCAUAGCCAAACUAGUCCUGGAAUCAGACCCACGCACCCUCUCCGAAGCCCUAACCAAGCCCAGAAUCCACUGGACCCCAGAGCUAGUAAACAAAACCCUUAAGCGCCUCUGGAACCACGGGCCCAAGGCCCUCCUAUUCUUCAAACACCUCGACCGCCACCUCCCUUCCUACACCCACUCCCCCUCCUCCUUCGACCACGCCGUCGACAUCGCGGCCCGCAUGCGCGACUUCAACUCCGCCUGGGCCCUCGUGGGCCGCAUGCGCUCCCUCCGCCUCGGCCCGUCUCCCAAAACCCUCGCUAUCCUCGCCGAGCGCUACGCCUCCAUCGGCAAGCCCCACCGCGCCGUCCGCACCUUCCUCUCCAUGCACGAGCACGGCCUCCACCAAGAUCUCCACUCCUUCAACACCCUCCUUGACAUCCUCUGCAAAUCGAACCGCGUCGAAACCGCUCACGACCUCCUCAGAACUCUCAAAUCUAGGUUCAGACCCGACACCGUUAGUUACAACAUUCUCGCGAACGGUUAUUGCUUGAAAAAACGCACGCCGAUGGCGCUGCGGGUUUUGAAGGAGAUGGUACAGCGUGGGAUUGAGCCUACGAUGGUCACGUAUAACACCAUGCUGAAGGGGUAUUUUAGGAGUAAUCAGAUUAAGGAGGCUUGGGAGUUUUACUUGGAGAUGAAGAAGAGGAAGUGUGAGAUUGAUGUUGUGUCUUACACCACUGUGAUUCACGGGUUUGGAGUGGCGGGUGAGGUUAAGAAAGCAAAAAGGGUUUUUGAUGAGAUGGUGAAGGAGGGUGUGGCUCCUAAUGUUGCUACUUACAAUGCUUUGAUUCAGGUUUUUUGUAAGAAGGAUAGUGUGCAGAACGCAGUGGCGGUUUUUGAGGAGAUGGUGAGGGAGGGGGUGUGUUCGCCGAAUGUGGUUACUUUCAAUGUUGUUAUACGAGGUUUGUGUCAUGUUGGGGACAUGGAGAGGGCGUUGGGGUUUAUGGAGAGGAUGGGGGAGCAUGGUUUGAGGGCUAGUGUUCAGACUUAUAAUGUUGUGAUUCGGUAUUUUUGUGAUGCUGGGGAGAUUGAGAAGGGUUUGGAGGUGUUUGGGAAGAUGGGGGAUGGGUUGUGUUUGCCGAAUUUGGAUACUUAUAAUGUUCUGAUUAGUGCGAUGUUUGUGAGGAAGAAAUCGGAGGAUUUGGUGGUGGCUGGGAAGUUGUUGAUGGAGAUGGUUGAGAGAGGCUUCUUGCCACGCAAGUUUACUUUUAAUAGGGUGCUAAAUGGACUUGUUAUUACUGGCAAUCAGGAUUUUGCAAAGGAUAUACUCAGAAUGCAGAGCAGGUGUGGCCGUGUUGUUCGGCGUUUGAAAUUGUGACAUGUUUUAUUGUUGGCUUGGAUACUUGAAGUUGAAGAAAGACAAUCUACAUGGUUCUGAACAAUUGAAAGUAUAUUGUCUGUUCUGUUCCAUUGGAGAGCAUGUCCCCAUUCUGUAAUUUUGACAAAGUUUCUGCAUUCUAGGGAACUCUCUGGUGAUGAACCCACCAUUGCUGAAAAUCAGCUUUGCCACAUUGGGGCAAUACUACAUGAUUGGAUUCUCCCUGCUUGUACAAUUCAAGGGUCUAUAAGAUUCAACAGAUGACGCAUGUUACCGUUCCUUACUUCCUUCAAGCAUACUUGGAAUUCAGUCAUUGCUUUUCAUAGAUCAUAAGAGUUCUGCAGACGAGCCAAUGACAUCCUCCUGCUUAGUUUUCACCCCCUUAUAUAAGGAUACAGGGAUGAUGGAGCACGAAACACAAUAAUCCAUGAAUCAUCUUCCUUGCCUCCGAAUAGAUACGGUAUUUUUCUUUCCCUUCAAAAACUGUCAUUUUGCACAAAUUCUUGUUUCUGGCAGCAGGUUUCUAGCUUUGUGCAUCUAUUACCUUUCCUGCUGCUGUUAAGAGUUUGCUGCUUGGUCUCCCAUUUUGAUAAGAUUGGACAAAAAACUUGAGUUGUGGACAGCUUUUUGCCUGUAAAUGUCUGAAUUCUUUUAAAACCGGCAAAAUUGAUACGUGUAAUUUAAGAUAUCAUUUUUGAUACCGACUAGCUCCAUUGGCCUAUAUUCUUGGAUUCAACUAAGUAUUGGGUCUAUCGGCCACUGAGAAUGUUGUUCUGCAGUAUAAGCCCACAAAAGUUUAAAAUAAGUUAGUCAAUGGAGCUUCUUUUUCUACAUUUUCUUUACUAUAAAUAAGUUCCUUGUUUUUUUUAA